CCUACGCAUGCGCACAUUCCGCCAGUUGUCUGUUGACAAAUGUAACACAUAUCUCUGUUUCAAUCGACAAAUUGUCGUCAUGUGACGAUUGUGGGAUUUUGUACCAAUACUCUGGAUUCAUUGUGAUCUCAGAGGGGUCAUGAAUGACGGUUUUACUCGGGCCCAACUGAACCCAUGUUGAAGUGGUUUUCUGGGGAAGAGGGAGAGCCAGGCGGCACUGGUCCUGGCUCUCCCUAUGCUGCUGCCCCUGCGGAUGACACCGUCAUGGAAAUGGCGGAGCGCCUUGCUCAAACUGAGCAACUUGUUUCUCAACUGAAAGAGUUGAUUCGUGAAAAAGAUGCCACUCUUCGCGGCAAAGACGAUCAGCUGAAGUCGGAGAAGGAGGCUUGCGAAGCCAAACUGUCAAAGAUGCGUCUGCAGAACAAGGCUAAGGUGACAUCCCUGACAUCACAGCUGGAGGAGUUGAAAAAACAGAAUGGAGACGUUGCCUCACCCUCACACACAAAGAAGGGUGCGUCGGAUGGAGGAGAACAUGCCAGUCGUGGCAAAAUUGUCUUGCUGAAGAAGAAGGUGGAAGAACUGGAAUCUCAGCUUAAACUGAGAGAGGAGGAGCUCCAAAGCAAGAGAAAGGAGUUGGAGGAUCAGAGGCAGCGAGGCGAGGACAUGGACGCCAUGCUGACCGAGAAGGAGCGAAAACUGUCAGAGAAAGAGGCGUACAUUAUACAUCUGCAGACAGCAUUAGCAGGAGAUACUCCUGCUGCUCCUCAUGUACCAGUGGAAGUCGCAGCUGUUCAGGAUUUACAGCUGCUAGUGCAGAGUCUCACCAGGAAAGUUGGAGAAGCAGACGAACGCUACAGUCUGAUGCUGGAGCAGAACAACAGUCUCAAAGAACUGUUGGACUCAGAGAAGCAGCAGUACAGCCAGAAGGAAGACAUGUACAAGGAGAAUAUCCAGACCUUCAAAGACAUCAUCCAGCAGAAGGACAACCAGCUGAGUGAGAUCAACCAGAUUCAUGAACAGGAACUUUUCAAACUUGCAGCCAAGUCAGAUGCCAGUGCAGAUUUAGAACAGUUACUGAAGGCCUUAAAGCAGAAGCUUCAUGAGAAGGAGGAAGUCCUACAGGGAAAGAAUCAGGUCGUCGAUGUUCUCCAAGGGGAAGUAGAUAGUCGUGACCAGCAAAUUAAGGAGCUCUUGGAACGUGUGCGUCGUCUGCACGUUGAGCGAGAAAGUCUUGAGUCAAAGAUGGAAGCUGAGAAGCAUGUGAUGCGAGCUCAAGUUCGAGACCUGAUGGAGAAGCACAGGGUUGAGGUGCAGCGGAUCACUGAGCAGCAUCAGGCAGAGAAUGCUCUACUGCAACAGGAUCUGCUGAGGAAAGUAGAGGAGCUGAGAGAGGUGCCGGCAGCACCACCUGCCCGUGUGGAGUCUUCCCCUACAGAUGACUCAACAAACAAUAUGGCUGCAAUGCAGAAAAUCUCUGAACUGGAAGCUCAAACAAAACAGAAAUCCGAAGAAGCCAGCAGGUCUGAAGCCAAAUUUUUGAAAAUGAAGGCCUGGUCUAAGUCUCGAAUCCGACAGCUUGAAGAGGAGCUUAAGAAAAGCCAGGCUGGUAUGGCCCCUCCAGAUCUGACUGCUCUGAGGAGUCGUGUGACAGCCCUGGAGGAGGAGCGCGAGGAAAACCUCUGGAAGAUCGAGCAAUAUGAUGAGCUAAGAUUGCAGAACGAAAUGCUGGAGGCAAAGCUUGUGGUCUACGAGGACCAGCAGAGGACACUGCAGGCUGAACUGGAGCAGUUCACCAAGAGCGCGACGUCUCAGGCCAGUGAGUCAGGAAGCGCUGACGACACUCAGAGCCACGUGCUUGAAUGGCAAGAAAUGAUGGCAGAAGCUGUAAGUGCCAGGGAUCAGGCUCGGGAGGAAAAGGCAACCAUGGCUCUUCGCAUCAGCCACAUGGAGGAAGAAAGAGAAGAACUGAUUGAGGAUGACUGGUUCUUUCCUGGCUGCUCCGAUCCAGCUCUGGCCACACGGCAGCAGGAGUUGGAGGAGGAACUGGCUCAAGCUCGGGGGGUCGACCAGAACAGAACCAAGAAGCGGGCUGUUCCAGCCCAGCGCAGCCUGCAGGAAGACUUUGAGUUUGACUCACAGUUCCAAGAGCCCCGCAGCCCCUCGGAGAGCACAACCCCGAUGGAAGGGGAGAACAUGGGAGGUUGGUGGCCAGAGUACAGUUCUCCUGACACAGGUGGGCUGAGGUCUGUGGUGGAGGAACUUGAAGUAGAAAGGAACCAGCUGCAAGAGCAGAUUGUGAACCUUGAGGAGCGCUGUCAGGAUCUGGAGGAUCGUCUUCAGCUUCAGGCGCGCAUUGAGCAACUACAGAGUGAGUCAGAGAAGUUGCAGAGUCAACUGGCCAAUGUACGCAGUCAGCAGACACGAGAUGCAGAGAACCAUCAGCUGCUGGUCAGCAGUCUCAAUCAACAACUCAAAGGGCUCAGUAGCACUCAAGAAUGUCUAGAAAGUUCCCUUAUAGAGAAGGAGAACACACUGGCGAAGACAUCGGAGAAGCUGCUGCUUAUCAGCAGCCUGCAGGAUUCUCUGAGCGAGAAAGAGCGUCAGUAUAAAGAAGCAAGCGAGCGGUUGCUUCAGACUGAAAGCAAGCUUGAAGAUGUUUCCAAAAAAAGCAAUGUGGCUGAAAAGCAAUGCUCAGAGUUCAAGAAGGAGAUUGAUGACCUCACACAGAAACUGAGUGCACAUAAGGAAAAGACUCAAAAGCAGGAAGUAACGAUUGAAACUCUACAGACAGAACUUGAUCAGACAAAUGAAGAAUUGGACAAACUGAAUAGCGCCCACUUGGAAGAAAGAGCUCAACUCAUUCAUGACCUGCAGAACUGCGAGCGUGAGAUGGACAGUUUGAAGGAAAUGCUGGUUGAGAAGGACAAGGAGAUAGCCAUCCUGUCUGGAAGCAUGGUAGAGUUUGGGGAACAGGUUAUUGAACUGAAGCAGGAGUUGAAAGUGAAAGAAGAAAGCUUAGUCCAACUAGAAAAGGCUUUAGGCAAGGCUGAACGGGAGGCCAAAGUUCUUAGAGACUCACAGAGUUCAGACCAGGAAUCACUGAAUGGAAAGAUUGCUGAUCUUCUUGGGAAACUGAAGGAUGCUGAGACAGAGGUGCUCACAGUAAAAGCAGAAAACGAGUCCAAAAUGGCGGAAGUGGAGGCUUUAUUAAAGCAAGUGGAAGAGAGCAAGAAAACUAUUCAAGUAGUUCAAGCGGAGGCUCAAAGGCAUAUCACCGUUCACCAGGUUCAUCUGUCUGAAUGUGAAACACAUGUAACGUCAAUUAAAGAGCAGUUGCGUGUUUCUCACCGGGAAUUAGAGGAAUCAAAUGCCAAACACAAAAGAGAGACUCACGAUAAAGAACAGGUCUUCGAAAACCAGCUCAAAUCCUUCAAAGAAGAGCAAAACAAGCUUCUGGUACAGAUAGAAGAGUGUAAUAAUGAGAUAAACUCCCUUUCGAAGCAGUUGCAAGAGCGAGAACAGAGUCCGGAAAAGGACAUUGAGGAAAAAAGGGAAGCCAUGUUGUCUUUGGAAAACAAAUAUAGAGAAAGUAAUGAAGAGCAGCAAAAACUUCUUACUGCAAUUGAAGCCAAGGACUGUGAACAUCGGGAGCUGAGUGAAGAACUUCAGCGAACUUCAGAGAACAACGUGAAACUGAAUAAUGAACUCUUGGACAUAAAGGCGGAGAAAGAGAAGCUGCAUGAAACCAUCCGCAAUCUAAAUGAGCUGGUUGAGCAAGAGAAACAGGAGAUGACACACCUCAAUGAGAAGCUGUCAUCUUCCCUGGAAGUCAACGACCAGCUAGAGAAAAAGGUACAGCAAAUCACGACAGAGAAGGAGCUGCUUCAAGAAGAAAUGGAUAGCAAUGUGAUGGAGAAGGACUCUUUGAAGACCAAAAUUACUGAUUUGGAAAAAGAACAGUCGGAAAAGGUCAACGCCAUCCGACAGUUGGAACAAGAAAAAGAGGCUUUUGCCUCAAAGGCAAAUGACUUGACCAGAGUUCUGGAGGAAAGUUCCAAUUCAAACUCAGAAAUUCUGCUGGCUAAAACCAAUGAAUGUAGUCAACUCUCUCAUAUGCUUAAAGAAAAGGAGGAAACCAUGUGCUGCCUGCAGGGAGAAGUGCAGUCCUUGCUUUCUGAGGUUGAACAACUGCGACAGAAUAUCAAGCAUGAACAGCAGAUGGGUGCAGACUUGCAAUUGCAAAUGAAGGUGCUUCAAGAAAAAGAAUCCACUUUCCAGACCUCACUGGAAAACAUGGAUGAGAUGUUGAAACAAGCUCAACAAGAGAGGGACGGUCUGCAGGAGGAACUUACUCAGCUGAAAAACACACUUAGUGAACGUGACUCAGAACUUAAAUCCCUCAGUGAUGAACGUUCACAACUUUCCCUUGAACUUCAAGUGAGGGAAGACAAUUUGACCAAGCAAGGUCAGCUUUAUAAAGACCAGCUUAAUGAAGCUAAUGAGAUGCUAAAGUCUAAGAGCGACCAAAUUAGACAACUGGAAGACAACAUCCAAAAAGUGGAAUCGGAAGUCAAAAUGAAGCAAACUGAGCUGACAAAUCAAGAGAUGAAAUUGCGUGCGGUUGAAGAAGAGAUUCAGCAACUUCAUGAAAACUAUCAAUCCAAAGUAAAGGAACUUCAACAGCAACAGCACCUUGUAUGCGAUCUUGAAAGACAGCUGAAAGAUGUUGCGGAACAGAACUCAAAUCUUGGUCUGAAAGUGGCUGAGCUAACAGACAAUGGACAGAAACUGCAAGAUGAGCUAACACUUAAGACGCAGUCAAUCUCCGAACUCACUGCUGAGAUUGGUUCACUUCAAGAAACAAAGGCUUCACUGGAGAUAAAUAUCUCAGAUAAUGAGAAGAAUAUAAAUGGCCUGCAAAACGAGAAAGAGGAGCUGAGUGCUGUUUCACUUGAGUUGAAAAGGAUUCUUCAGGAGAGGGAGGUUUCGCUUGCGGGCGAUUUGCAGGAGAAGGGCAAUGAAUGUAAUUACCUGUCGACAGCGCUACAAGAGAAAGAGGAACAGAUUAAAUGUCUAAAAGAAGACAUAAAAUCACUUGAAAUCCAAGUUAGUCAAUUGAGCACGUCUGCGAGUGAGAACGCAAAGAUUAUCUCUGAGAAGAGUUCACAGCUCGAGGCUCAGCAGAACCAGAUGCUUCAGGUUCAGGAUACUAUGACUAUGCUACAAGAGCAGGGAAGUGUCCUCAAAUCAGGUCUGAUGGAGAAGGAAAAGCUCUUUCAAGAGAAGGCUGAAGAGUCCUGUCUUUACCAGAAAGAAGCAUCACAACAGAAGGACCUUGUUGCUCUCCUCCAGAAGGAGUUGGAGGCAGUCAGUAGAGAAGUUUCCGAGCUAAAACUGCAGAUUGUGCAGAAGGAGCAAAUCUUGAGCCAUGCAUCACUAGAUUACCAAAGCCAAAAAGGUGAGCUGGAGAAAAGAGAAGAAACGAUCAUUUCAUUAAGCACUCAACUUGGUGAAAUGAAUGAGAAAUGCGCGAAGAUGGAGGAGGAAGUGGGUGACCUGAAGACUGAGAAGCAGGAGCUCAGUGUUCAGCUGAAAGACCUGGAUGGCAAAAGAAGAGCUGAUGUCACAGACCUGGAAGAAAACAUCCAAGCACUAAAUGAGCAAAACAAGAGACUAAAGUCUGAGCUCCAAAAAACAGUGACGGAUUUAUUUGAGGAAUCUAGCAAAGUAGAGCACCUCACGUUGUCGCUGAACAACCAGAAAAUUCAGAUGGAAACUGCAUUUUCAGAGAGGGAGCAAGCACAAGUGGAGUUGCAGAAGCAGCACGAAGAUAGAAUCCAGCAACUCAUCGAUCAUAUCAGUGACCAGGAUGAACUGCUGAAAGAACGUGGGGAUGAAAUCACCCACCUGCAGGAGACGCUCUCUACUCUCAGAGAGCAAGUUGAAAUCCUAACGUUAGAGUCCUCUCAGUUGAAAAGUGAUUUGGAGAUCAAGGAGCAGUCGAGUCUAGAAUAUCAAAACAAUUCGUUAACUGCUGUGGAAAACCUGAAUUUGCGCCUACGUGACAAAGAAAGCGAGUGUGAGAGCUUGAAAGAGAAGAUUGCACACCUGGAAGAGUCUGCGGUGAAGAUCGAGAACAGCCUUCAAAUCCAGACAUCGGAAUCAGAAAACUUGAAGAAGACGUUGGAGGACAGAGAGUCGCGUCUUUCUAACCAACUAGAGUCUCUUAAUGAUUUGCAAAAACGGGUUGAAGAAUCUUCACUCUUCAGAGCUCAAUUCAUUCAAAGCACAGAGUUGGUGUCACAAUUACAGAGUCAGCUGCAGGAUCAAGUGUCUGAAGCCGAAAACCAUAAACGGUGUGCUGAGGAAAUACAAAGUGCCUUCAACAAUAUCCAGGAUAAAUAUGUAGCCACAUUGGAAGAGCUGCAAAAUGCAAAAACUGAGAUUUCACAGAAGACAGAUGAGGGCUGCACACUCAAAACACAGUUGGAUGAGAUGAAGUGCCAAAAUCAGCAGGCAAUACUAUCACUGCAAAGUCAGUGUUCCUCAUUGCGACUGGAGUUGGAGGGCGCUCAGGAGCAAAACCAUAGUCUGACCAAAGAGAAAGAUGAAGCUUUUGCCUCUCAUCAAGCCAAGGUUUCACAGUUGACCAUUGAAAUUGAAAACCUUAAAUCGCAGCUUGUUCAAGUUUCAGGGAAAAUGAAUGCACUCACAGAAAAUCUGGAACAGAGAGAGAUGGCUCUCCACGUUAUUAACAGCCAGUGCACAAACCAGGCUAAACACACAUCCCAGCUCGUGUCGGAGAUAGAAAGAGUAGAAGCGCACAACAAGAUUCUCAAUGAGGAGCUCAGUGUUUUGCGGCAAGAGAACCAGACACAUCUAAGUACCCUCACGAGUGAAAACACACGUUUGCAGGAGGAACUUGCUCAGCUUGUUCUAGAGAAGGAAGCACUGGAGAGAAGGCACAGUGAGAUUCUGGAAUCUCAGAGGACAUUGAAGACUCAAGUGGAGCAGCAGUCCAGCAGCUUGACUGACCUACAAGCAGAGGUUAGUGCCAAAGACGAAGAGCUUUCUAGACUGAAGACAAAUGUUCAAAAUGUAGAACUCGUUCUGCAGGAUUCAGAAAAGGAGUGGUUGUUAGUGCUAGAUAAAGAGAAGCAAGAGAAGAACGUGCUAGCUGAGCAAUUGAAAAGCGUUGAAUAUGAAAUGAAAUCUAAAGAUGUUAAGUUCAGUGCUUUAAAGCAAGACUUGGACAGUUUGCAAGAGAAACUAGCGGAGGCUUCAUCUGCAGUCAGGAAUAGUUCUGAUCAGCUGAGCAUGAAAGAGUCUGAGGCGUCCACCUCCAGAGUUCAGUUGGAGAAGAUGUUGGCGUCCAUCCAGGAGAAAAACGAUGAGAACAUUAGUUUGCAUCAGACACUUAAUGCAGUGGAGAUAGAUUUGAAGGAACUUUUGCAGAGUAGUAUUUCCUCUGAUCCGCCAUUGCUUGAGAGUCCUUGUCCAGGCGUAAUGGCUGAUCUGCAGCACCUUAUCAAACAGAUAGAAAGAAGCCACCGUAGUGAGGUGGAUGCUUUGAAGGAGGAGCUACGAGAGACAGUGUCUGAGUACCAGAGUACCAAGACUGAGACUGAGAAUUGUCACGCUGAAAAAGUGCUUCUUUUACAACAAAAUGUUGAGGUCUUAGAGAAACAGCGUUCUGAGGAAGAAAGCAAGGUGCGGGAAAGCGCUGAUCAACUAGCUUCUUUACAAUUAGAAGCUAAAAGAAAAGAUGAGCAGAUAGACUCUAUGCAUGUUCAGAUCAGUCAACAGAAGGAGUUGCUUACUGGACUAACUCAGCAGGUGAAGGAUAAAGAUACAUCGGUGGCACAGCUUCUGCAGUCAGCUGCGAAUGAACGAGUCAAACUUGGUGAAGAGAACAAUUCUCUGAAGGAACAGCUAGAGAGUAUGGCACAGACUCACUCUACUGCUGUGAUGCAGUUGGAAGAGCAAAUAUCUUCAAUGCGUAUUGACAUGCAAACUAACAGUUUAAAAAGAGAUGACCUGAUUAAUGAAAAUGAAAGUCUAAAAGCAUCACUAGACACAGUCUCUAAAGAAAAAGAUGCCAUAAAGAAGAAGCUUCAAGCCGUUCUGGUCGUUCGAAAGGAUUUGUUGAAGAAAAUUGAGGACUACGAGAAAGGAAAGGAAGAAAGUGUGAAAUAUCAGUCUGAGGUUUUAGAGCUACAGGACAGAAUUCAGUGCAUCAACAGCAGUGCCGAAUGUAGCAUGAAAAUGUUGGAAGACAAACUGUCUUUACUUGAGAGGCAGCUGGAGGAGAAAGAAGCAGAGCUUAUUGAGCAAAGAACGAAAUGUGGUAACUAUGAGCAUGUCAAUAUAGAAAAAGGCAGUUUGGAAGUUGUGUUAAAUGAGAAAGAAGAACAGUUGUUGGAAAAAACUGCUCUUGUUCACCAGCUUCAGACAGCUAUUGCGGAGAGACGGGAGUCUUUUGAGCAUGAGAAACACACGAUGAUGCUGACACUAGAGGCACUUCAGAAUGAACUGAAGACCUGUAAAGAAGAAAAAGAAUCACCAACGGUUGAUGCUGAAUUAGAGAAGGAGCUUUCACAGUUAAAGCAAGAGAAGGCCACUCUUCAAAAGAAGGCCCAGGCUGCUUUGAUAGCACGUAAGGAGACCAUGAAGAAAGCUCAGGAACAGCAGAAGAAGUUAUCUAAAGAUAUUGAAGAACUGAAAGAUAGCAAUAAUCUACUUUUGGAAAAACAAAGUCUGCUCACAAAUCAACUUGCCUCUCUCCAGAGCGACUUAGAAUUGAAGACCAAGGAGCUAGAGGAAGUCAGUAAAAUGUCUUCCUGUUAUCUUGAAGAGCUUGGGUCAAUACAGAAACUUGUGGAGGGGAAAGAUGAAGCCAUACAGGAUUUGAAGGCUUUGCUGAAGGAUAGAGAUGAUCAGUGUGCUGCUCUGUCAAAUGUGCAGACAGUUUUUGAUCAGUUGAGAUCAGAUUAUGAGAGUUUGUCUUGUGAUGCGGCCAAAAACGAAGAAGCUCUUGCAGCUGCUGAGAAAAAUGAGGAAGGUUUUAAGACCAAAAUGUCCGAGGUUGAGAGGAAAUUGGAAAAUGCUCUGGAGAAUUUAGGUGAGAAGGUUGAUGAAGUUAAGGACUAUCAAGAAAAGGUGCAAGGUUUGGAGCUGAAGUUGCAACAAGAGAAGAGUGGGCUGGAGGCGUCCAAGGUUCAAUUGGAACAGUUGUUUUCAGUUGAAGCACAAAAUCGAAGCUUGUUGGUGGAAAACAAAGCUCUUUCAGAAGAGUCGCAAAUCCACCAGCAGAUGUUGGCAGAUGCGAAGCAGCGGUUGAUGGACAGCGAGCAAAUCUUCUCUGAAGAACUUAGAAAGGCUCUCCAUGACUGCAGUGAGACUCAAAAGCAAAUGGAAUCAUUGACUAAGACACAUGAAAGUGAUUCGGUAGUGAUCAGUGAUCUCAGGGCCCUGGUGACUAAACUCAACAAUCAGAUCAAGGAACAUGAAGAGAUGCCACUCAUCAAACAAGAAAGCGUCUCACCAGCGUUUAAAUGUGCUGCAGACAUAGAAGCAGAGCUCAAACUGAAAGACGAUGCCUUAUUGCUCUCCCAAAGUCAAGUUUUAGAAAAGGAUGAAUUGAUCUCUGCUCUGGAACAUCAGCUGCAACAACAAAUACAAAGUCAGGAAUUUGCUAUUAAUCAGAUGAAGACAGAGGUGGAAGAGCUCCGCAGAUCCCAGGAAGACAGCGUCAAGUUGAGCAGUCAGGACAACCAAAGUAAAAUGAAUCAGCUCACCAAAAAGCUCCAAGCUGCUUUAGUCUCAAGGAAGGAGCUCAUGAAGGAAAACUCAACACUCAAAGAAGGAAUGGAGAGACUGUCUGUCAAAUAUGGAGAAAAGGAAAGUCAAUACUUGGCUCUGGAAACAUCGUACACUGUUCUGAAACAGAAGAACGAAGACCUGGGAAACACUUGUGUGUCACAAAAGGAAGCUACAGAAAAGCUUGGUGCUGAAUUUGAUCGUGUUCUGCAUGAUAACCGCAGUCUGUCGUCAGCUUGUGACGUUUUGAAGCAGACAAUUGAAAGCAUCACACAGCAGAAGGAAGCAUUUUCCUGUCAACUUGAGUCCUUGAAAGAUUCCCAAACAGAGGAGCUUAACCAGUGGAGGACUAAACACGCUGAGCUCAAACAGGACUAUGAGUCUCUUUUACAAGAUUACGAAAAUGUUGGUAGUGAAAUGGACAAGAUGCGUCAGCUGUUGGAGGAGGCCAAAAGAGAGCUGCGGGAGGCUCGCAGCCUAUUGCACCAGCACGAGACUGAGAUGGAGGAACUCAGAAGGACAGCUGAAGAGGCAGAGCGUGAAAAUUCCCAGAUUAAAGAAAAGAUGCACAGCGUUCUGAAGGAGAAACGGCAGAAAAUCGACGAGUUGGAGCAGAAUAAUGACAAAAUUAAGGCCGAGAUGGACGCAGUCAAGCGUAAAAAUGACCGCUUGGAGGCGGAGCUUUGUGCGCUUCAGAGGUCGACAGAGGAUUUUGACCAGCAGCUGAGAAAAAUGACAACUGAAAAUGAUCAUUUGAAGGAAAAGCUAGAGGAAGCUUCCAUCUCAUUAGAAAACAGACGCAUGGAGGCAGAAUCUUGCUCAACACAGAUUCAGCAGAAACUAGAUGAAGCGCUGGAUUUGAACAACUCGCUGACUGCUCAGCUUCAGUCCCUCAAGACAGAAUUGGGAGCCCAGGUUGAAAUAAACAACUUGCUACAAAAAGAGAAGCAACAAUUUUCAGGGCGAAUUGAGUCGCUACAUAAUGAGCACGAGUUACAGCUGCGAUCGAAAGAGGAGGCCUUGAAUGAGCUGCAGCAAAUCGUCAACAGGCAAAGCCAAGAGGCAAUUAGCCUCAAUGAGAAGGUGCGGAUUCUGGAGGACGACAAGUCUCUUUUGCAAGAAGAACUGGAAAAUAUCCAAGAGAUAUCGGAUAAAGUCAAAAAUGAAAAUGAGUAUUUGGAAACGGUCAUUCUAAAAAACUCUGAACAAAUUGACGAGUUGACAGAAACCAUCAAGUCGCUUCAAACCCAGAACUCAGAGGUUGCUGCUCAGCUUGCAGCUAGCAAAGAGAUGAACAACCAGGUUUGCCAGGAAAAAGACAAAGAGCAGCUGAAAUUAGUUCGGGAGUUGGAGGAGAAGCUCAAGACCGUGAAGAGGGGUAGUGAAGGGUCCAAGAAUGUAAAAAGGGAAUUGCAAGAGCUUCUCAAGGAAAAACAUCGGGAGAUAAACCAGCUGCAGAAAGACUGUGUGAACUACCAGGAAGUUAUCUUGGAGCUGGAGAGUUCGCUAAAAGCCUCCAAGACUACUUGCGAACAAUUGGAGAAAGAAGUUGAGAAAAACUUGGUGAAGAUUUCUGAUCUGGAGAACGGACGUACGCAAUUUGACAUUGAACUGGCGGAUAUUAACAAGCUCCUCCAGGAGGCUAAGGAAAAGGUCCAUAGUGUUCAACUGGAAAAAGACCAGUUGACCCUGGAAAUUUCCCUGAGUAGAAAGAAGACUGAGGAACUGAAACUGCAGGAGAGUAAAGAUGUCAUGCUCUAUAAAGAGAACCAGUCUGCGCUGAAGCAACAGAUCGUCGACCUGAAGGAGUUGAGGGAAAGAGAAAGCCACAAAAGUCAGGAACUGCAACAGCAGAUAGAAUCCAGAGAUUUGCAAAUAAACACACUGAAGAGGACAAUUGAGACGAUGGAGGCAAAGCUGGAGGCUUUAUCCGCUACUCCUCAAGGGGCCGGCACAGCGAAGCUGUGGAGCGAUCGAUACCAAAAGACCUUGCACGAGAAGGAUAACCAGCUGCUAGAACAAGGCUACGUCAUUAAAAAAUUCCUGGAAGACAUGAGAUUAAAAGAGAAGGAAGUGCACGAGUUGCACGUGACAAAGUCGAGACUGGAAAGAAGUUUGAACGAGUACUCUGUUGCAGCUGCCGCUCAACAGAGACAGCUGUUCGUCUUGAGUGCCAGUAACGCUGAGCUUGGUGAGAAAGUGGAGCUUUUAACUCUACAGGUGAAAAGUCUCGGUACUCAAGCCGAAGUUGCCGAGCACGACCGAAAUAAGAUGAACAGACAGCUCAUUGACAACGAGGACGUCAUUUCCAGAUUAAAACUUCAACUGCAGCAACUGGAGACGGUAAACGCUGAAACAGAUGCCCAGCGAGAACUUCUCCAGACCCAAACUGACAAGCUCAAGGCCGACUAUGAGAUGCAGGAGGGGAUUACGCAACAACUGAAAUCGCUGUUGAAUGGCAAAGAUGGUGAGAUCGCAUCACUGUUGUCCUGUAAAGACGGGCACAUGUCGGAAUAUCUUGAGCAGCUGAAGCAAAACUAUCACGCCCAGAUCGUUGUUUUUGAGAAGAGAAUUGUGGACCUACAAGACACAAGGCAAAAAGCUGACAAAGCCUUAAGAGUGAUGGAAGCCAAGUUCAGAAGUAUUACAGCAAACAUGACCAGGAUUGUCCAGGAAAAGGAUCUGAUGGCUGAGAAAAUGGAGUCCUUGAAGAACUCGGUGACAUCUUUGCAGAGCGAAAGAGAUCGGCUGACGUCUGAGAACAGAGUCCUUAAAGCAGACAGUCAACUGGGGCUGAGAGAUAGAGAGGGCUUUGCUGAAGGAGAAGGAAGUGGCAACAAAGGCCUCAAACAUGAAAUCAGGAAAAUGCUUCAUCAGAUGGAUGACCUUAAUUCUGAGAACGCCAUGCUCCGAGCUCAGCUGGUCCGUUACCGCGAGGACCUCAACCAAGUCUUGUCGCUUAAAGACAACCAGCUGAAGGUACUGCUCAAGAAACAACAAGAUACAAUUAAAAACCUUGAAAACCAGAAAGCUGCUGUGGAGCGGCAGCAGAGGGAAUCCCAGUUAGAGCUUCAACAGGAAGAAGAGGCGAGGAAUGCUUCAGAAUCGAAGGUCUCCAACCUUCAAUCGCAAGUGAACCAACUGCAAGCUGCCUUGCUGAGUCAGAGAGCGAGCGACGAGGGCAAGGUCAUCUGCGACUUACAGCAGGCCGUCACCACCAAAGCAUCGGAAUGCAACGAUUUGCAGCAGAAACUCCAUUAUCAGAAGCAGCACUCCAAUGAACUGGCCGAGCAGCUGACGUUGCUCAGGAGUGAAACGGACAAAAAGCUGUUAACUGCCGAGGAGAAGUACAACAGUGAGCUGGAGGCCUUUGAGCAUGAGGUUGAGCUCAUGCGAAGCCAGCAGGAGACGGCGGAUCAGAGGGUGGCGGAGCUCGCCAGGGACCUUCUGGAAGUGGAACAGCAGCUGUCGGAGGCCAAGACGUCCAACAGAAACAUGAAUGCCCAGAAUGAAUCUCUAUGCAAAGCCAUGUCCGCCCUGCAAGAUGAUCGCGACAAGCUGAUCGAAGAUUUCAAGAUACUGAGGAACAGAUAUGAUGAAGAGCUUCAAGAUUGUAAAAUGGCUCUGAACAAGACGGAGCGCAGUCUCCUGGGCGCCGUUUCUGACUUGGCGAUGAUUUCCAAGGAGCGAGACGUCCUCGAGGAUCGGUUGAAAGCGUUUGAGGGCAAAGACACCAACGGAGAACUGAACAAGCUGUUGGGGGAGUUGACAAAGUCUGUGUCUGAGAAAGAAAAGCAGCUCAAGCAGGCGGCCUCUGAAAACGCCACCUACAGCCGGCAGUUGUCCGCAUUCUCCAAGUCCAUGGUCAGCCUCCAGAACGAUCGCGACCGGCUGGUGGAUGAGCUGGCGGAAGCUACCAGGGUGAAACAGGGAUCCAGCUUAGAGGCCACUUUGUCAUCCAGCGUGUGGAAGUCCACAGGUCCUAGUGGUUUCCGAAUAGAGAAGAGAGGGCCGCUCAUCAAUGAGUUGCAUCCCGCACAGAAGGUGGAGAGUCAAGGUCUUCAUUCGGGCUUUGAUACCCUCAACGACCAGAAGCAGGAACUAAGGUCUGACAAGGAGGCUCAACUGCCGAAGGAGACUGCCGUUUUGGCAGCUCAGAGUGCACAAGAUGACACCAUGGCUCAGCUGGAGGCUGAGAGGGUGAGGCUCCACAGGGACCUGCAGCGCUGCCUGUAUGAGAUCCAGCAACGAGACCAGUACCUGCAGCAGCUCAAUAUGAAGCUACAGCAGGCGACAGAGGAGAAAGGUGAGGUCACGACCCAACUGAGGGCCGUCUCUCAAACGCUCAGGGACACCCAGAAUCGCUACCACUGGUUGGAGAACCACGUCCAGGUGCAGCAAGGGUCGGCGUACACUGAGGUGCCACCAGGGGCACCGCAGGAGAGAAGCAAUGACUCCAUCGCUGAAAGUUCCGAGGCUCAUCAGCUGAGAGAGAGGCUGCUGGAAGCAGAGCAGCGUCUGGCUGACGAGACUUGCAGGAGGGAGACAGCUGAGGAGGCUCUGCGUCUGGCAGAGGACACUGCAAAGAGAGUUCUCACCAGAGAGGGUCAGAGGACAGAUAUCACCAUCGACAUGGAAGCUGAAGACGAGUGGGACGCCUUCAGCCUGGACCCCAACCAGCCUCUGAUAUCACGGAAGGUGAGAGGAGGGAUGAUGGCCUGUCGACAGUGGCUGCGGGGCCGGAGCCUCUACUUCUCCCGGCUGCUGACCAGUCGAGGGCGCUCGCGGUACUUCUUCCUGGCGUACAUGCUGAUGCUGCACGUGCUGGUAUUCAUGUGUAUUAGUGGCGCCCUCUAGUGGCUGAGCUCUACUGUUGCUCCACUUUCUCUCCUUGAAGCGACUUUUCUCCUGUUAAAUCAAAGACCGUGAGAAGCCUUAAAACACCGCAGCCAUCCUUUACCUGCAGGUGCCACCAUUGUUCGUCAUGGAAUGUCUCAACACUCUGAUCAGAAUUGAAGUGACAAUCUGGCUUCAAUAUUGAUACGGGGGAGUUCAUUUUAGCAUCGACCAUCGACCAAGGAUUUAAUUGUCAGUUAUUAUUUUGAAUGAACCAGAGUCAGGUUGGUGCUCUGCCGUUGAUCAUAGAGGGUGGCCUUAUAUCUGGUCUGUUUACCAAGAGUCACUCCGUCAUCUCGUGUACUGAAAGCUUUGCAAUAAUCUAAACUGUCUCCGCCGUGACGUGAAGCUGCUCCCGACUGUUAGAGGUAGAAAAGCGCAGGGUCAAUCCAACACUAAGUUUCUGUAGCUGCGAUUGUUUCAACACUAAAGAUUCACUUGACUUUGAAUGAUGUCUGUGGAGUUGUUGUUGUUUGUCACACACUACUGCUCUGAAGGUGCCGCACUCCGUCUUCAGCUUUCCUCCACAUAUCAAUCUAUGCACAGGAUGGUGAGGCGACGCCGCUCUGUCCCGCCCCGUGAGGUGUAGGCGUAUGAGCUGCAUAUAGUCUGUAUAUUUCUGCUGGAUUGUUAAAAUGUUUAUUCUAUUUAAAUGGAAAGCGGUGUGUAGAUAUUCACCUGCUACUGUAAAUAAUUCAUGUGCGAUUGAAAGAGCGAAUAUAUUUAUGAGAAAAUCUUCACAACUGUCUGGGAAAUUUUCUUUACAUGUCAAAAUAAAGUGGAAUGGAAUGUUCUUGU